AGGGGAGGGACUUUGCUUGUCUUAACUUUCCGCUGUACUCGAUUCCUUGGCGUGACCUGUCUGUGUCCUCCGAUACUCAAGAUUUGAUAGCCGGUCAUUUAAGGUCUAGGGAAAAAAUGGUUUUUGAGGAGAAGAUGAUCAUGAACGGAGAGCCCGAUGAUGAGGAGGAGGAAGAAGAGGAAGAGGAAGAAAUGGUGGAUCCUCUUGACUCAGUGCGACAGAAAUGUGAAGAGGCGGAGCACUGCAUUCACACUCGGGAGCGUCUAGAGGAAUGUGAGACCAGAGUUGGCUCUCGGUCUUCAACAGAGGAGGAUUGUACUGAGGAGCUCUUUGACUUCCUGCAUGCUCGGGACCACUGUGUGGCGCACAAACUGUUCCACUCGGUCAAAUAAAGUCCUCCCUGAUUGUUGCACCACUGCCUGAUGACAUUCUUCAAAUAUUGUGUUAUGAGGAAAACUUGGUUUUAAAUACAUCCAUAUGUGGAUCUGCUGUAACUUUAAAUGUACUGUUCUAUAUCUGCUCAUGAUAAAAAAAAAACAACUAAGUAUUUAACAAUGUAGUCUGAGUCAAUAUUUCAUUAAAGUACAUGGCUCGGAAACCUUA